UACUCACCACAGCCCUACCAGAGGGCCGAUGGCAGCGCGUUGCAGCAGACCUCUGAAAAGCAGAAUUACCUCGUGGUGACACACUAUUAUUCAAGGGACCUCAAAAUAGCUCACCUCUCUUCAACGUCCAGCAUUCCAGUCAUCAACAGGCUAAAAGCAGGCUCAAUCUACCUGAGAUGGGGGAUACCACUCCAACUGGUCUCCAGUCUACUAUGGAUGAGGAGAUAGAGGAGGGGGUUCCUACCUCUAAGACCACUCUGUCUGGGGAACAUGGCCACCAGAGCAAAGCUAAGAGCCCAGAGCAGCAGCAGAGAGCAGACUCCCCUGGACCCAGCUGUGCAUGCAGCAUGAAUAGCAUACGUAACCUGUUCACAAAGAGGAAGAAGAAGAAGAAGAAGAAGGAGAAGCCAAUGCAUAGACAAAGCCCAGAGCAGCAGGAGAGAGCAGACUCCCCUGGACCCAGCUGUGUCUCCAUGAAGAGUGACCGCUCUAUGGGACUACCUCCUGACCUAAAAGAUGGACGCCCCUCCAGAGAGGAGAGGAGGCAGGAGAGAGCAGACUCCCCUGGACCCAGCUGUGUCUCCAUGAAGAGUGACUGGUCCAUGGAUAGACCUCCUAACCUUAAAGAUGAACGCCCCUCCAGAGAGGAGAGACCACACCAGAAGAAUUUAAAGGUUACCAGGCCUGUACAGCAGCAUCAAACAGAGCUGAUCAAGAGGGCUGAGGAUAUCGCACAUGCUUUCCUCGACAAGGAGCUGAAGAAGCUCUGGAGGGAUCUCUUCUCAGAUUACCCACAAUGCUCAGAGGGUCAGAGAGUGGAGGGGGAGGAGGUGGAUGGUAAGAACGAGGAGCAGAGGAGGCGCGCCAUAGAGGGAGUGGUGGACAUCACAAAGCUCUGCCUGAUGGAGAUGAACCAGGAGGAACUGGCCGACACACUGUGGGCCGGAUCUGCUGCUGUUGAGUGCCAACGUAAAAUUAAGUCCAAUUUGAAGAAGAAGUUCAGGUGUGUGUUUGAGGGAAUCGCUAAAGCAGGAAAGCAAAUAGAUCUGAACGACUUCUACACAGAGAUCUUCAUCACAGAAGGAGGCAGUGGAGAGGUCAACAAGGAACAUGAGGUCAGACUGAUUGAAACAGCUUCCAGGAAACCAGUCAAGGAAGAAACACCAAUCAGAUGUGAGGACAUCUUUAAACCCUUACCUGGACACGUUCGACCAAUCAGGACGAUAAUGACAACUGGAGUGGCCGGCAUUGGUAAAACCGUCUUAACACACAAGUUCACUCUGGGCUGGGCUGAAAGCAAAACCAACCAGGACAUACACUUCACAUUUCUCCUCACUUUCAGAGAGCUGAAUUUACUGAAAGGGAAAGAGUUUAGCUUGGUGGAACUUCUUCAUCAACUCUUUAUUGAGACCAAAGAAGCAGGAAUCUGCAGAUUCGACCGGUUCCAAGUUGUCUUCAUCUUGGAUGGUCUGGAUGAGUGUCGACUUCCUCUGGACUUCCAGAACAACCCGAUCUGGACUGAUGUCACAAAGUCCACCUCGGUGGACGUGCUGCUGACCAACCUCAUCAGGGGCGACCUGCUUCCCUCUGCUCGCAUUUGGAUAACCACACGCCCUGCGGCAGCCAAUCAGAUCCCUGCUCAGUGUGUUCACAUGGUGACAGAGGUGAGGGGGUUCACGGACCAACAAAAGGAGGAGUACUUCAGGAAGAGAUUCAGAGAGGAGACGAUGGCCAGCACAAUCAUCUCCCACGUCAAGAAAUCACGAAGCCUCCACAUCAUGUGUCACAUCCCAGUAUUCUGUUGGAUCACUGCUUCAGUUCUGGAGGACAUCUUCAAAAAAUCCCAGAUCGAAGAGAUGCCCAAGACCGUGACUCAGAUGUACAGCCACUUCCUGAGGGUUCAGUCCAUACAGGGGGACAGGAAGUACCAUUGGAGAUCUGAAACAGAUCCACACUGGAGUUCAGAGAACAGGAAGAUCAUUGUUUCUCUGGGAAAACUUGCUUUUAACCAGCUGGAGAAAGGCAACCUGAUCUUCUACGAGUCAGACCUGGCAGAGUGUGACAUCAAUAUCAGAGCAGCCUCAGUGUACUCAGGAGUGUUCACCCAGAUCUUUAAAGAGGAGUGUGGGAUGUACCAGGACAAGGUGUUCUGCUUUGUCCAUCUGAGCCUCCAGGAGUUUCUGGCUGCCCUUUAUGUCUUUUUGACCUUCAUCAACGAUGGUGUCAAUGUGCUUUCAGAAGAACCACCCACCUCUGGGCAAGAUAAACUCCUCCUCCUCUACCAGAGGGCUGUGGACAAGGCCUUACAGAGUGAGAACGGACAACUGGACUUGUUCCUCCGCUUCCUCCUGGGCCUCUCUCUGGAGACCAAUCAGAUUGUCCUACGAGGUCUGCUGGGACAAACAGGAGCGAGCUCACUGACCAAUACAAAAACAGUGUCUUACAUCAAGGAGAAAAUAGAUGGAGAUCUCUCUCCAGAGAGAAGCAUCAAUCUGUUCCACUGUCUGAAUGAGCUGAACGACCGUUCUCUAGUGAAGGAGAUCGAACAGUACCUGAAAUCAGGAAGUCUCUCCGGAAAAUCUCUCUCUCUUGCUCAACUGUCGGCUCUGGCCUUCAUCCUAGUGACAUCAGAAGAGGAGCUGGACGUGUUUGACCUGAAGAAAUACUCUACUUCAGAGGAGGGUCUUCUGAGGCUGCUGCCAGUGGUCAAAGCCUCUAAAACAUCUCUGCUCAAUGGCUGUCAUCUGUCGGAGAGAUGCUGUGAAGCUCUGGCCUCAGAUCUCAGCUCCAACUCCUGUUGUCUGAGAGAGCUGGACCUGAGUACCAAUGAUCUGCAGGAUUCAGGAGUGAAGCUGCUCUCUGCUGGACUGGGGAGUCCACACUGUACACUGGAAACUCUCAGCUUGUCUGGCUGCCUGGUCACACAGGAAGGCUGUGCUUCUCUGGCCUCAGCUCUGAGCUCCAACCCCUCCCAUCUGAGAGAGCUGGACCUGAGCUACAAUCACCCAGGAGACUCUGGAGCUGCGCUGCUCUCUGCUGGACUGGAGGAUCCACGCUGGAGACUGGACACUCUCAGUGUGGAGCACGGUGGAGUUGGGAGGCUGAAACCAGCUCUAAAGAAGUAUGCCUUUGACCUCACACUGGACCCCAACACGGCCCACAGAGAACUCUCUCUGUCUGAGGACAACAGGAAGGUGACGCGGGUUGAAGAGGACCAGUCGUAUCCGGAUCACCCAGACAGAUUUGACUCGAGGUCCCAGGUGUUGGGUAGAGAGGCUCUGACUGGCCGCUGUUACUGGGAGGUAGAGAGGGAAGGACAUGUUGAGAUAGGAGUGACAUACAGAGGAAUCACAAGGAGAGGACGGGGUGGUGACAGGAGGCUUGGAGGGAACAACAAGUCCUGGAGUUUUGAUUGUUCUGUUGGUGGUUACUCUGCCCGGUACAACGGUAGAGAGACAGGCCUCCCUCUCCCCCCCGCUGGCUCCACCAGAGUAGGAGUGUAUCUGGACCGGCCUGCUGGCUCUCUGUCCUUCUACAGAGUGUCCCCAGGUGGAGGAGGGUCCUCAGACACACUGACACACCUCCACACC